UUUUUCCUCCCACAAUGCACCGCACUGUUAUUGUUCUGCCUGUCCAACAUGGCGGCUCCUGGCUGCAUCUUCCACAGAACCCUGACCCGGUCCAGAUCCGGUCCACACCAGGCGUCCUGUCCAGCUGUCUGCAGAGAGUCUCUGUUUGUGCUGGAUGUGCACCGUUACAGCAGAGACCAGGGAUCGUCUGUCUACUUCCCCCAGGCUGUCCUCAUGGGUGACGACUUGUAUGACAUCACGCUGACAGACGGGGACUGCAGGCUUCGAGUCACUCUGGAUCCUGGUCUGAACCGGCUGGUGGAGAGAAACGUCCUUCAGCCGGGGUCAACGCUACGUAACGCCACUUUCACGCCUGCCAUGGCGGCUCAGCUCCCAGAAUGCACCGGCGUCUCUGGAGAGAAAGACAGUUACAGACUGGUGAAGGUGGAGGUCACAGAUGAAGCUGGAGGUGAGGAGGGCGGAGUCAGAGGAAUAAAUGUAGGCAGCGACUCGCUGCCCUGGUUUGGACAGACUGAAUCUGAAGGUUCUCUACUACCCCUGAGAGCCAAUCGGAGCGUGUUUUUGCCUCUCUGGAACAGUGUGGACUACAGUGGGGAGGAGUGGAGGGAAGCUCCGCCCACUGACGAAGAGAGAGAUGAAGAAGAGGACGAAGAACAUCGUCCUUCUGUGACCGUGUCGGAGCUGAGAGACGCCUUCCUGUGUGGUCACCGGAGCGUUACCAGGGGAACCGUGAGACACCAGCUGAUUGUACGCGUCAUUAACAAGUCACACCUGAUGUAUUAUGGGAAACCAGACAGGAACUGUGACUGUCCAUAUAAGGCAGUCUUGGAGGCGUCUGACCAGACAGGAAGUGUGUGUGUGGUGAUGUGGAAUAGUGUGUGUCUCACCUGGUAUCGCUGCCUCAAGCCCGGUGACAUCAUCAGCCUGAGACACUAUCGAGUCAAACAGCACUACCAGGCGGAGAUUGAUGACAUAGAGAUCAGUGUGAACAGCAGAAAUCCUGCUGCUCGCAUUUCCAUUCUCCCAGAAUCCUCUGUGUCACCUGAGUAUGUUCCACCUGUGCCCACCUACAGCUUCUACAACAGUGAGGAGCUCUCUGACCGUCCUAAUGGCGAUGUCUGUGAUGUCAUCGGCCUGCUGACGUUCUCAGGAAGAUCAGAGCGAAUCAGGGACAAGGAUGGAAGAGGGGCGGAGCUCUUGGAGUAUCACUGGCUGCGAUUGGAAGACGGGGCGAGCAAUUGGCCAAUCAUGGUGAAGCUUUUCUCCACCUCUCAACCAGAAUCCCACAACAAGCUCCACCCACUGUCGGUGGUCGUUUGUACGGGACUGAAGGUGAUCAGAGCUGCAGACCGGACAGACGCCUGCUACCUGACUAAUACCACAUACACACAGGUGUACUGCACAGGACUUGGCCACCACUCAGAGAUGAAAUACCGUAAGCUCCGCCCGGUGCGACAGUUCCUCCAGUGGCUGAAGAGCCAGGAUGAUGGACAGGUGCUGGGCAGGGCUCUGAUUGGAGGAUUCUUUAUCUACCCGCCUCCUCCCGUUUCCUUGGAAACAUACAUGAAAGAAAGGCGAGGUGAGCCUGGUUUCCUGCGAGGGGCGGAGCUACAGAGAGAGGUGGAGAGGCUCUGUUACCGGGAGCGUCGCACCUACUGCAUCCAGGCAACCGUUACCAUGGUUACAUACAGCCGCAGAGGAGAGGAGGAUCGCUGUUUGUUUUGGAUGGACAGAGCUUCAUCUCUGUCCCCCCCCUCCACCUCCUCAUCCUCCCCCCGCCUCUCGAGGUCGUCCCCUCACCCCUCCCCCUCCUCCACUCCUCUCUCGGUCAGACCUCCUCUCUCCUCCUCUUCUUCCUUUUCUCCAACGUCUCCCUCCUCGUCCGUCGGCCAGCUGACGCCCAGCCGUCUGGAGCGCAGACCCAGCAGGAAGACGAGGAAGAGGAAGCAGCUGCUGCAGACUGACACUCCAAAGAAGAGGCACCCGCGGGUCACAAUGAGACCUGAACCCAACAACAAGACAGUCAUUCUGUUUGAAGCCUCCAUGGAGUUUCUUGAGAACACAAAUUCCGAUGAAGGUGAGGAUGAAGAAGAUGACACCUCAUCGUACGUCACCGCUCCACUCCUCCCCGUCUUCCCUCUGGUUGCCGUGGAGACGCUGCCGAUGCAUUACGACCAUGCUCGCAAAGAGGACCAGGCGGGCGUCGUGGCAAUGGGUGGAAAGGCGACAGAUGAUGGCGGGUUUGACUUCGCUCUGGAGGAUUACUACACACUGAGACUAAAGGCUCUGUCCGAUAGCGUGAUGGUGGACGUCGUCUUCCUUCCUCACUCGUCCUUUGCUCUCUCUCCUCCGCUCCACCAUCACUCCAACACCUGGAGCUCCAUCCUAUCACACGGAGCCUUCUCCUCACACACACCUCCACCUUCACCAGCUGACCUCAUCACCAUGGCCGCACAGCUGGCCAAUCAGAGGCUUGUAUGUGUCCUGGAGGCGUGUCACCUGGGCGGAGCCAAAACUGAACUGAUCCUGAGCCGAGCCUUUCACCUAACAGUCUGACACACACACACACACACACACACACACACAGACACAUACACACACACACACACACACACACACACACACAGACACACACACACACACACACACACACACAGACACACACACACACACACACACAGACACACACACAUACACACACACAGACACACACACACACACACACACACACACAGACACACACACACACAGACACACACACACACACAGACACACACACACACACACACACACACACAGACACACACACAGACACACACACAUACACACACACACACACACACAUACACACACACACACACACACACACACACACACAGACACACACACACACAGACACACACACACACACACACACACACACACACACAUACACACACACACACACACACACACACACACACAGACACACACAGACACACACACACACACACACACACAGACACACACACACACACGCAAAAAGAAACGAACCCUGUUGCCCAAUGGGAAAUUGAUUUUUAGAAUGUUUAAAUGAUUUUUUAUGACAGUUUUGCUCGCAGUUUUAAAACAACCAGGAUAAAUAUUAAUGCACUUUAAUGAGGUUGGGAGUUGUAGUUUUUCCUCUCUAUAGUUGUAGUACAUUAAAUACCCACAAAGUCAAAUCUACAUUUUUUACAUGUUGAAUUUGUAGUCGUUUGCUACAUUUUCGUUGC